UAGCAUAAUAAUCACUCAAUAAAUUCUUCGAUCAAAUUUAGAAUUAAGCCAUGGCAGAGGCGAUGCCUGCUGCAGUCGCUGUAAAUAAUAUUGCACAACAAAUGAAUAAUGUGUCGCUCACGGAGGGUCAUACAGAGGUCAAAGGUGAAGUUGCGGACCAAGUUACACCGCCAACAGGAAAUACUACAGCAAGUUAUGCAUCAACGGAUACACAAGAUGAAGAAUCAUACUGGGGGUUUUCGUUACACGAAGCAUAUAAAAAGGCAAUCAAAUUUUAUAAAGAAAACGAAGGCAAACGAACCUUUGACAUGAGCUACGAAGACAAAGUAUAUCUCGCUGCAUUAACUAAGCAAGCAACACUCGGACCUUUCGCACAACAAACACAACUGCCUGAAGUCGGAUAUUUAGAUAUGUUUGGAAAUGAUCGAAGGAGAGUUUGGGAAUCCUUGGAAGACAUUUCCUCAAACGAUGCUCGUAGGAAUUUUAUAAAACAUCUUCAAGAUUUAGCGCCGGUUUUUGUUCCUUUUAUGACAGCCCAUCAAAAACAAAAGGAGGAAGAAGAGAGAAAACGGCUUGAAGAAGAGAGAAUUCGUCAAGAAGAGGAGGAAAGCAAAAGGAGAGAAUUAGAAGAAGCUCAAAAGAAAGAAGAGCAAAUGAGAGAAGCAGAGAGAGUUCGACAGGAACAGGAGAGAAUACAAAUUGAGCAGAAGCGACAGAUCAUGGCAGCCUUGAAUGAACAAACGGCCCAACAAUUCCAACAAUAUGCAGCACAGCAGUAUCCCGGGAACCCAGAUCAGCAAGGAGUCCUAAUUGCUCAGUUACAAGAACAACAUUAUCAGCAAUAUAUGCAGUUAUAUAGACAGCAACAACAGAGUGCAGCUGUGGCUCCCCAGCAACCUCCUUUACCAGGAACAUUGAAUCAAAAUCCAGGAUUGGGGAAUACCCCUCCUCAACCACAACAACAACAGAAUGUCUCUCCUGAUAGUAAAUCUGAAGAAUCUGAUGUAUCUGAAGAAUCUCAACCAAGAAUUGCGGAGCCAUCAGUUUGGACUCGGCCACAGAUAAGCGAGUUCAAAGAGCAGAUCAAGCGCGAUCCCGAGUCUGUUCUGACUGUUGGACGAGGAGAAGUCGUCACUGUGAGGGUUCCAACACACGAAGAAGGUGCUUAUGUUUUCUGGGAGUUUGCGACUGAUUAUUACGAUCUUGGGUUUGGCGUUUAUUUUGAGUGGUCGGACUCGGUAGCACAGCAAGUUUCUGUUCAUGUUAACGAGAGUUCGGAAGAGGAAGGCUCAGAAGAUGAAGGUGAAGGCGAUGGUGCUACAGGAGGGCCAGAUGACAUAGAAAUGGGAUCAGAAUCCAAAUCUAAUCGCCCAAUGACUGAUGAAAUUGUUCCCGUGUUUAGAAGAGAAUGCCAUACUGAGGUCCACGCAGGGUCUCACAGGUAUCCGGGGAGAGGAGUUUAUUUGUUAAAGUUUGAUAACAGUUACUCUCUGUGGAGAUCGAAGACACUCUAUUAUCGGGUUUAUUACACAAGAUGAUCUACUAACUAGAACACUGGGGGCAGGUUGUAGGUGGUUCACCCUCCUCAAAAACGAGGGGUAAAAAUAUGAAUUUUUUGGGGGGGGGGAGAAAUUUUUCUGGCUGAAAAUUAUAAUAUUUUGAAAAUUUUUUAGGAAAUUGGUGCCCGUAUUGGAAUCUCUAUUUAAUCAGUGACUGCUUUCCUAAAGCCUUGUUCAGAGCGAGGUUCUGGCAUGCCUGCCAAAAAUAACCAAACUGUUUACAGAUACUGCUUAAAGCUUUUACCUCUUAACUAAUAAAAAGGCCUACAUGUGUGCAUCUCUAUACCAAAUUUUACUUUACCCUAAACCAGGAUACUUCUUAGAUAUAAAUAGUUGUUCAUGUUGCAAGACUGCGUGUCGGGGGAUAUUUACAUCUGACUCUGGGUGUAGAAAAUUUUAAUUUUAGCUCCAAACUUCAAUAAAACUGAACUUUGAUAAUGGCAGGCAUUCUCAAACAGUCUCCACAGACUUGAUUGCAUGCUUAGCUGAGUUAUAGGGCACUCAACAUAUAAGCCACCUACGGCCUGAGCCCCAGUCAGAGACAGUUUGUUAUGAUAAAAUGUGCAUGAAACGCAAUGCAAUAGUAUAAGAUGAAGCAACCGCCGAUAUAUUCUCAAUAAAAAUCAUUUGCUUGUUGUAUUAUAUUAUUUGUCACUUGUGUCAUCUGCAAACUGCUCUUAUGUGUGAUGUCAGAAUUGAGAGAGGGGGUGAAAUUUUUUGAUUUAUGAUAUCAUAGUGUAUGUAGAAGUACCCUUUGUGGAAAAAUUUAAAUAUAUCUUGUCAUCCAGUGUCCUUUCUUGUAACGCAGUAAAUGGGGGAAGUCCCUUUACUCCCCCUUGUUUCUGAUACAAAAUAUAGAACACCUAUUUCACUACAAGUUUGUAGCUAGCCAAUUGCUUAUAUUAUUGUAUUUAUUUUAAAUGUUUACUUCUUUGUGAUUGUAUUAUAUAUAUAUGUAAUGCUUACUGCGAUUAAGUUAUUUCAUUGGAAAGGCUGUAGUUGUGGUAAACCACUUAACCAAAUUUGUGUGGUAAACCAAUAAAAAUAAUUGUCAAUAGAAUUUAUAGGGAUAAUGAUUGUAAAUUUCAUUAACCGAUUUCUUCCUUGAUAUUUCGUGACAUCCAAUCUUAAGUUGGGCUGGGAAUGGUUAACCAUUCAAUCAAUUUAUAUGGUUAACCGUUCAAAAUGUCAAUGGUAAUUUGAUGCUUUGCCCUACUUACCAUAGUCUUUCAUGAGUGGGGCUGGUUAACCAUUUAACCAAAUUUGUGUAGUUAACGGUAAU